AUGAAUUCGGCAUUCACCUUCCCAGCGCAAUCAGAGGCCCUGGAAUCUUUUAAGUUCCCAAUAAAAGAAGAAAACGACAUAACAACGAGCCAAAGCGCUUCUCAGAUUCCAAAUGGUGCGCAAUCUAGAUCACACAACGGAGGCUACAUGCUAGAAAGUAACCAAGACGUACUUCCGCCAACAAUCGACAUACCGCCACCGGUAGAAAGUAUUGAGGAGAUCGCACAGGUUUCUUCAAAAACAAAUCCGAACGCGAACAUAGAGGAGAUUGUGUUGGCAGAUGAUUUCAUUCCGGUGCCAGGUGCAUCGCCCGAGCAAAUCUCUGCAAUCACUCCCACAGAGACAACCAGUAGGUCAUUGGCAGAAGAAUAUGUCAGUAAUUUGCGGCAGCAGUUGGCUACAGACUGGAAAAGCCCCUCUGAGUAUGCUCUCCAUGUUCUUUUCACAAAAUUUGUCCGUCAUGCAGAAAGUAAGCUCAAUCUCUGUUUACAACAUCCUCUGAUCUCUGAGCCACCAAUAGUUGAUAUUCUAGGUGAAGGAGUGGAUCCCGUUUUCGAUAAGAUAAUAGAAUCGCUUGGACAUAUUGCCAAAAGGAAGCCGAAACCCGUAAUAGACGCUAUGAUGUUUUGGAGAAAGACCAAGUCAGAAAUCGCAAGGGUUGCCACCGAGCUAGUCGAGAAGCUUUUACGUGAAUAUGAAAACGAGCAGACGAGAACCAAUCCCAGAAACAACCACAUGGUGCAAACUGCUGUGCCAAUGGCCCACAGCAAAAGCUUGAGCAACGGAAGUCGCUUUACGCACAAGAGAAAUAGCUCUUCAAAAUCGUCAGCAGGAAGCAGAAGCGGCAUAGAAGGUAGCCGCUUCAGGGAACUAGAAUCACAAAUCGAGUCUGCGAAAGCAACCGCCUUGAAAGCUGAUCGAAAAUCGUUGAUAAGCAUAUACAUCCUUUGCCGAGUCUUGAUUGAGAUUGUGAAGCAAUCAUCUGGAGAAGGAGACGAGGACUUGAGUGACAAACUUGAGGAAAUUGUUUUCACGCAAUUAAAGACUACAGAUCCCCUUUCAAUUUCCUCAAGCAUUAUAAAGUCAUCCAACUGGAAUUCGUUUGCAGAACUGCUUGGAUGGAUGUCGGAAAAGAAGUUCCUUUCCGUCAGCGAUAGAUUUGUCGCGGAUUUAGAAAAAAUACCGACCUACAUCAACCGUAAUCUGGAGCCAGCCGUUCAUCUGCUCAUUCUGGGAAUGAGGUACUUGAGGCUGAAAAAUUAUCCCUUGGAGAGGUUCGAGGAAACGGCUGAUUUCAUCAAAAGUAUUGCAAAAUUCUUCUCUAGGGCUGAAAACAUAUCAGUUAGCCUGGCCUAUGCAGAGGUCAUUAGUCAGCUACUUCUUCCGCUAGCUGGAACGUUAACAGCCGAAGUUAAUCAUCCUAUAUGGGUUGAAGCAAUGACAACUUUGCUUGCCGCUGGUAGCAAACUACUCUCAGAUAGUAAGUAUUGGGCCAGUGGCUUCAAGCUCACCAUAUCGGUCCUUUGCGCUUCUCCUUCUGAACUGUUUUCGCUUAACUGGAUCUCUCUAAUAGAGAAAAACGCCAAAAAGAGCCGAAACAAGCAAUUGGCUGCUAGAGUACUUUUCGCUGUUGGUCUUUCUCGUCUUGUGUGGGUCUACCUUUAUAGAUGCCCCGAAACGCUGAAUAACACGACGAGGACGCUGCAUAAAGUGAUAGGCCUAUACGUGAACAGCAAGAGGAAGGAAAAUUGGAUCACUACUGAUCUGGAGCUGAUUAAUCCCUUAUCAGAUGUUCUGGUAACAAUAGGACACGCUUAUCCCAACUUUGUGGUGGAGCAUGCCAUGAUUCCAUUGGUCAGGCAAUCUUUCAACGGUUCAAACCUGGACGGUAUCAAUUACGAAAAGUUAAUACUGGCAAUUAACACGUAUCGUGGACUUCUGAUGACCAAUAAGAAGCCUGAAUUUCCCGAAAACGAUAGCCGAUUCUAUGAAUUAGGUUUAAAUGACAUCUCAAUCAAGAAAUCAGAGGCUCUUCUUCUCAAUCAUGAGGAGAUCUGUAGCCAUUUUUACAAACUAUUCCUUAUCCUCGACUCAAAAAUUGGAUGUGAAGUGUGGUCUCCGGAGAAUCAACAUAAUAGAGAACCACCAACCCCUUUUGAAAAGUUCUCUUUCAGCUUUACACACGAUAAUAACACAAACAAUAAUAGAAAUCUUAAUGUCGCUCUUUUUGCGACUCUAAUAGAAACAAUUCCCAGCUGUUUAUGCAUCUCGGCACAAAUGCCGUUCAAAUCCGCAAUUGAAGUUCUUUCUAGAAAUGCAGUGCAUGCAGAUCUUUUAAUUGCCACUAGUUGUGAAAAUGCGUUAAAAGCUUUAGCUUCGAAAAGGAAUCCUUACACAGUAAUAACCUGGUUUGCAAAGUACUCUUUUGACUUUGAUGAGAAGACACAAUCGAGUUACAACAUGUCGUACCUAUCUUCUUCGGAAUAUAGGAAACUUUUAAUGCUUUACGUUGAACUGCUUGAGUGCUGGCUGGAAGAAUUUCAGUCGGGCAGCGAAGACGUGAAACGACGAGAAGCUACGCAGGAUGCUGUCAACUUAGGUCCUGAUCUGCCAGAUACAGCGGAACCAAGCGAAAUGGAAAUGUUGGAACUAAAAAACACGGCAACGGUUAUUGAAGAGGUGGAGGGAAAUGGGCUGUUUUUUCUCUGUUCUCAGGAUCCGGCGAUUAGAAAACUCAGUAUCCAGAUAUUGAGGAUUACAUCGAGAUUCGACAGGGCAACGAUAGGGAAGGCGACGAAGAUGUCGAACGGCCAUUCCCGAUCUUCGUCACGAUUUGCAGCAGACAGUGGGACCAGGCUAGUUGAUUUGUUGAAUGAUAGUGAUUACAAUAGUCUAGUAGAUCCGAAGAAGGUCUUCCUAAGCGACGUUGAAAAGUCGCGGAUUUCUAAAUUAACCUCCAAAUACAAAAAAGGCAUGCUUAUCAAAUUGGCAGAAUCGGAAUAUGGGGUGGACGCGGCUCUUUGGCAGAGAGUAUUUCCGAAACUGCUGUCCGUCAUUUUUGAGUCUUGUCCGGUUACCAUGGCACUGUGUCGCUCAAUAGUUUGCAUCCGGCUUGUUCAAGUUCAUGAGAUUAUUCUGCAAAUCGCGAACAAGGUCGAUGGGCGUGUUUCGGAUGUUUCACCCGAAGCAGUGACUAAUCAAUGGAAACUUUAUUUGAUCGUCGCUUGUACGUCGCUCACCUCGACAAACGAUCAAAAAUUACACAUACCCACCGCAAGUCCUCAACACGGCAGGAAGAAAAGCCAACAAAUAUUUACUGUUCAACAUCAGAAAAUCAAGUCUGCAACUUCGAUAUUCAAGAUGGUUCUACCGCUUUUAAACGCAAAGUGCGGAAUUGUGAGGGAUGCCAUUAUUGCUGGCCUGAGCUCCAUGAAUGUCAACAUCUACAGAGCAUAUAUUGAGAACGUUGAUAAAUUCCUUACCAGUUGGAAAAUAUCCAGCACAACUAAUAAGAUUCGAGUUGAAAUGUUUCAUGUGUUGACAAUACUGUCGAGAUUUCUGCAUAACCCGACUGUUCUGGAAGAUGAGUGGGCCCUGUCAAAAAUAUCUGCUUUCUUGAAGCAUGUCAAACGCUUCCUCGAAGAGGAAACUAUACAGUCUUCCUACACUUAUCAACCGCUGCGCAGCUUUUUUGCUGAAUUUCUGAAAAAUUAUUGCAUCGCUACGAAGGCGAAAGGUGUAUUUAAAAAGUCGCUUCCUUUCGCAGCUCGGGCAUCAUGCUUUAAUUACUUGAAAGAGUGGUGUGGAUACGGCGAGUAUGCAUAUGUUGCUGAGGAAAGAUACGCCACUAUGAUAAGAAAUGUCAGCAACAGCCGGGAUCGCACCACAAUAACGGCAGGAAUCGAAUUCCAGAAGAGCAGAUUAGAAAAAGUCGCUUUGGAAUGCAUGGUGGUCCUGUGUUCCGACCCAAUUACAGAAAAACUAAACAGCGGUUCUGAUUUACCCAUAAUAGUUUCCUUCGACAUUGGUGGUUUACUAUCUUGGAUCGAAGCGUUGUUCAAUGCUAGUGAUGAAGCAGUUAGAUUGAUUGGUGUCCGUGCUUUGGAAAAUUUACUAGGAAAGAACAAAGAAAAUUCCAAGCUUUUCAGAGAUGUGGCAUUGCAAUGCGUCUCUUAUCAUAAGCAACCUAUUGUUUCAACACUGUAUUAUACGACAUUCUGCAAGAUAGUUCUUGAAAUGGAUGACCUGAUAUUGGACGAGGAUGAGUUGGUUUCGUUAGGUUUAUAUGGUUUGGUGUCGGAUAAGGAAGAAACGAGGACGUACGCCGUCGAUUUAUUAUGCGUAGUUGAAAGCCAACUGCAUAACUCGUCGUAUACCAAAGUUUUCAAGGAGAGACUGGCAAGUACAUCGAAGUCUGUCUACAAAUCAACUGCGAAAGAAAUUUCCAGUAUUUUUGCCGAGCUUUUAUCGCAGGAUCUAUGCUUAAAGAUCUUUUCGAACCUGGUUCGCAUUUUGGGUCUUUUCGCUUUUGAUAUCAAGAAGGAUUUACUCAUACUGAUGGUCCCAUGGGUGAACAAGUUUAUUCUGAAAUCGUUUGAUGAGCCUGAUACUUUUAUGGCUUUGAAUAACCUUUUUUACAUUACGAUUGAUCUCAAUGACAAGCUACCUUUAGAAGUCGAGCAAUUGUGGAUAUCUUUAGGUAAAGGCAAUUCUUUACAGAACAUCCAUGUGUCAUUGGAAUAUAUUAUUACCCUAUCGAUCAACCAUAGGAAUCCGGCUUUCGUCCAGCACGCAAAAGACGUUGUGUUAUAUCUGGCUAAUGUACCUGGAGGGAUUGGUUUGAUUGACACAUUAUUGCAAAAUCUAGAGCCUAAAUAUAUGGUCCCAGUUAACACCGUUUCUACAAUCGCUCCUGCGGAUAAUGGCAAAUUCUCAUUCGUUGCAGACAUUUGGGGCCGUUUGGACUAUCAUGGGAAAAGUAUAACCUUUUCCAAAGCGCACUUGUCAAUAAUUUUCCUCGUGAACUUAGCGAGUACUCCAUCAGAAUCUUUGAAGGGCAGUAUUCCAACAUUGCUGCACAUCUCGAUCUGUUUGCUAGAUCACUAUAUGCCUUUGAUUCAAGAAAGCGCUUCAAAAGUCAUUUGCGAUCUUAUUUUCAGUAUGGCUCCUGGCCAUGAAAAGUCAGAUGCUACAGUGAAAAUGCUCAGGGACAAACAUAGCUUAUGGUCCUACGACAACCUGAUGAAGGACAAAAAUGGAGCUCGCUCUCCUAAAGCAAUGGAUGCUUUAACGCGUAAUAUUCUCUCAAUCUUCUCGCAAAUUGAUGGCUUUCACGCUGAAUGGCAAAGAAUUUCGCUAAAAUGGGCAACCACCUGCUCAGUCAGACAUAUUGCCUGCCGCUCCUUUCAAGUGUUUAGACCUUUACUUACAUUUGUGGAUCAAGGCAUGCUUCGUGAUAUGCUGCAUAGGCUCUCUAAUACGAUAUCUGAUGUAAGCCCAGAUAUACAAGGUUUCGCCAUGCAGAUCCUCAUGACGCUGAAUGCGGUAACUGCUGAGCUUGAUCCAGCUGAUUUGAUUAAUUUUCCGCAACUCUUUUGGUCUAUCACAGCCUGCUUGAAUAGCAUCCAUGAACAGGAGUUCAUUGAGGUUUUGUCUUGCUUCACAAAAUUUCUAUCCAAAAUAGACUUGGAUGCACCAGACACUGUUCAAUGCCUUGUUGCCACUUUCCCGUCUAACUGGGAAGGCAGGUUUGAAGGGCUGCAGCAAAUUGUUAUGACUGGUUUAAGGUCUGCGAAUUCGCUUGAUAUUACCUGGAAAUUCUUGGACAAGUUAAAUCUACUGAAAGACAGUCGCAUUGUGGCAAACUCCGAGUCACGGUUGCUGUUUGCACUUAUAGCCAAUCUACCGAGAUUCCUUCACGCCAUGAGCCAAAGGGAUUUUACCAGUAUUCAGCCGGCCAUCGAUGCAUUAACAAAUUUGUCGGAAGCUUACAAACAGCCUUCUCUCUCCAGAUUGAUCGAUUCUCUUUCAAGAAACAAAUUCAGGUCAAAGAAGGACUUUAUGAGUCAAGUAGUGAGCUUCAUCUCGCGUAACUACUUCCCAGAGUUCUCAGGACAGACUCUAGUGUUUUUACUAAGAUUGCUGCUUAACAAGAUCGGAUGGGUUAAAGUUGAAACUAUGGAAAUUCUCAAGUAUAUUUUCCCACUAGUCGACUUGAAGAGACCUGAGUUUACUGGAGUCGGAGCUGACUUGAUUUCUCCACUGUUAAGAUUAUUGCUUACUGAGUACGAAACCCAGGCUUUGGAGGUUCUUGAUUGCGUGACGAACGUGUCAGGGAGCAAGUUGGAUAAGGAUGUUCUUAGAAUAAGUAUGGGAAACAAGGAUAUCAAGGCCAGUGGUACCAUUACGACAACGCUUUUCGGCAUUCCGGAGGAAAGUGGAUGGUCUGUCCCGAUGCCGACUAUGACUGCAGCAACAACUAGACACAAUGUUCAUGCUGUCUUCAUGACAUGUGCAGUGGAAACUCAUGGAGAAGCGUCUAUGGAGCAACCACCCGCCAUGGAUGAUAUUGUUGAAUUCCAUGCUGAUACAGACUACGGUUUUGGAAGGACCGAAACCAAUGAUUCUGUAUCUCUGGUCGAAGAAAAAGACGCCUCUUUGAGCCAUAUGUGGGCAGAACUUGACAACCUGGAUAGUUUCUUUACUAAGACUACUGUGUCGGCUUCCGUUGCCCCACACUCUGGUUUGGGAAUCCUUCACGAUCGAACAAACUCGGUCGAGACAACGCAAACAGAACAAACUUCUACUUUUGAAUCUGCUCCUCAGCUUUAUGACAAGAAAGUAUCCGCUCUUUUGAAUGGUAGUCUGACCAAAAUCAACUCGAACGUGUCAUUUAAAAAAUCAUUAGCAGAUUCUUUCACCGUUAGCACUCCGAAUGAAAAACUUGUAAGUGAACCCGCUUUGAGGACAGCUUAUCAUAGCCCUCACCUUUAUGGCGAAGAUACAAUGGCACCCCGCUCCCGCAAUUCUAAUGUGCUAAAAUCCCCGGGCAACGCGGUUCUGGGGGCUGUCUCGUCAAGUCGGUCAAAAGCCAUUGAGUCUCCACAGGAUACCCUCUUCAGGUUUGAGGGCUUCCUGAAGAGCUCACAACGGAGCUCACGGAGGAAAUGGCAGUAUCAUCAGCAACAUCAGCAACUUUUAUCACAAACGAUACAUGAGCAGAAUCCACAAUCUCCGUAUGAAGGGGAUAGCAUCACACCGCCUCUGAGGGCUUCUUCUGCUUCACCAGUUUUGCCAUUAAAUGCAACAUCUGUCCUUGGUAAUAAUGUGGAUAACCUGAAAGGCAAGCAAGGUAUUUAUAAGCAGAACAGUGGUAAAUCGGGCACUUCAAAAUCUAACAAACAUCAGAAGCUUUAUCAUCUGCCUCAUUUCUCAAGCAGCAAAACGCAAACAUGGAUAAACGGUUCGAAUUGGGAUUCUGAACAGAAGUAA